ACCAUGGCCAAUCGAUUGGGCACCUGCUGCACGCGCAGCUUUUUCACCGAAAAGGUUGACGCCCCAAGUUACAGGUGAGUCGUGGAGCAGCGGGUGGUGGUGGUGGUCCGGCGCGUAAACCACUGCACAGCAUUGUGCUGCCUGCACUGCACUGCACUGCACUGCAAUCAGCACACACUAUACAACGUGCAGCCUGUCCGUUCUCUCCACACAUAAGUCGUCAGCAAAGACGCAGGACAAAUGUAAUGCAUCUGUGCUUAUUGGAUAGUAGCAGCAGAACCCCAGAUCCUUCCGGUUCACUUGUCACUUUACUAGGCCUGCCAAGCGUCGAUAGUUUGUCCUACACUGCGGUUACCCUUGCAGCCAACUCCCCUAUACCCGCAUCGACGGACUCACAAAGCAGACGAUACCAAUUACUAAAACGAAAAUAUUGCUUCACAAAAAGACAAACAAAAAGGCAUUAAUACAACUCGUCCACUGAACUACCCAUAGGCAGAAAGAAUCGCACGGUCCCGGAAACUAUCGAAACUAUCGAAAAUAGGAUCGGGCAUAGGAGUCUCCGCCCAACCGCCCGGAAACCACCACCCACGCCAAAUAGCGCCAAUGUAACGCUGCUGGUGAGAUGCAAUGCACAAGCCCAGAACUGGCCGCAAAAGGCUUCGACGGCCAAUUUUCCAUUACCAAAGAGAGCUGUGCGUUUGCUGAAUCCAGAACUCUUCAUCAAGCCACCCGCUGUUGCUGCUGAUUGCAGAACUUCUACGCUACGCACGAGGUGUGGUAACAUUUUUGCUUGCGCCCUCCCUCCCUGGCGAUCUGCAGUCGGCCGUUCUACCCGGGUUUUCGGGCCAUUAGCCUUGUUUCGGUUUAGCGAAGUAAAUCAUUGGCCACAUAGAAAACCGUUGCGGAAACUAUACUAUCUUCUUGCUACGCCGAGUCUCUCUCGGAAGCAUUGAGCCGGUGGCCUCUUUUUGAUCGGCAAGAGAGCCAAGCUUCAGCUGUCAACAGAAAAAAAACCAUGCCGAGAGAUAGGGAAAAUUAUGGUAGACCUGAACAAAUCGCUCGCCCAAUAGCACAAGGCCCAUUACGGCAGUAGGUCCUGCACCUGCGCUCCGAUACGAACGCCACCUCAGCCCGCCACGCCACAUGCUAUGCAGGCCGCGUUGGCGCCGCAUCCAGGUGCAUGCUUCCGUUGUUGUUGUUGAGGGAAAUGUGUGUGUAUGUUCUGGGUAUGUAUGUUUCCGGAGCCGGUCUCGGUUUUUUGGUGCUGGCUGCAUGCAAGUGAUACACUACAGAAGGAUGGUGGUGGAACCGGCUGUAGGCGAACUGCGCCGCGGUUCUGCAGGCCAAGAGGGUCAAACACGCUAUUGAUGCGGCAUACAGAGUACUAAGUUAUUAGUUACGUUGCACGAACAGGAAAUUACUCAGGCCGUUUGUUGUUUUUGCUUCCGCGUUGCCGGUGGGAAGUCCUGGUGGCGAGCCAUUGGGGGUUUUGACGUGUUGGGGGCCGAUGGCCCGGGCCUUGGACCAUGGCCAAUAUCGAAUUGGGGAAAUCUGAGCCAGCACAUGGUCUGAGCUAUGCGAUGAUAGGCUACCCGUAUAUCUAGUUUACUGAUAUAUGUGCGCGAACGUAGUAUAGGCAGAUGUAUCACUGACAUCCCACAGAUUGUGCACCUGUUUGGCAUGCCAUACUGUAGGACUCUAGUCAACCACCCAUCACUGCGCCCUGAUUUUUGUACGGUUUGUAAAUAUACAGGUUGACAACAGCGCUUUGUAUUGACUUUUGCACAUUUUUUCUAGAUCGCUCAGAAUUUUCUUGGAUGCUCUGGACCGUCUGUCUCGUGGCCACCGAAGACUCCCAGUCCAUUGCGACGUCUUGGCUUUUGCUGUCUACCCACGCAGCGAUGCGCUGUAGCCCGCUGUAGUGAGUGCAUUGUAGUGGCAAAAGCAAUGUGCUGGCGGUCUCUUCUGACUCGACGGGCUCCUCAACUUCUCCGUCUUUCAACAGGAAGCAGAAAAUGGAAAGCUCAUCCUCACUUCUUCUAUAUUUGGCACCAUUCACGCGAUAAGUAUAACGAAACUCGCCACACCGUGGCGGUGCUGUCACUCCCGUCCCGUCUCCGCCAAUCACUUCCCGCGCGCCAGCCCAGGUAACUGUCCGUACCAACCACUCGCACCGCCCCCUGUCAGCCAGCGCCGAGCCCAGCCACACCCUAGACGUCAUCUCGCUCCAUUGUUUCCUUGUUUCACCGUAGUAGCGCUGACGACUUGGGCCAGCAAAAAAAACAGAGAAAAAAGAGGACAAGCAAGGUGAAACAUUGCCAACACAGCCUCCGAGACAAUGAGAAAAAAAAAGAGAGCGCUUGGUACCGCAGUGAUCCUUCUUACUCGUUCGUAUAGAAAAGAAUCCGCAUAUAAAAAUACAAUCGUUGGAUGUGCAGCAAGCCAAGCCUGGCAAUUAGUGGGGCGCCACCAGCCCCUCUGGCCACUCACAGUGCCGCUACAAGACUCCCAAUUCGGAAAUCGUUCAGGCGCUACGCUUUUUUGCACUGCCGCACCUCGCAGUGCGGCCCACCAGCUGGCGGAUGUGAUGACGACUCGUCCUGACUUUGCCGGGUUGCGUUGCUUCUGCAUCUUGCAUCCUCUCUUCUUUUCCUUCUGUUCUUGUUUCGAUCAUCUGUGUUUCUCUCUUCUCCAAGACACACACAUACACGCACGCACACCCGUCUAGUCAUGUGCUGCUACUUCUUCGCCAAACUCUAAUCGCCAAUAUAAAUAUACUCCAGUACCAUUUUACCGCCCCCAAAACUUUCGACCAAUAUCCCAGACUUUCUCGAAACUUUGCCGCCAUGUCUGCCGGGCUCAAAACGCUAUUAUGGCUCAUCCGCGGGCUCCAGCUCUGCUGUGCCGUCAUCGUCCUCUCUCUAUACUCGUACUUCCUCGUCACUCUGGCUGACCACAAGAUGGACAUUUCACAAAACAUGCGAGCAGUCGAAGGUAUCGCUGGUGCCGCAGUCUUAUACACCAUCAUUGGGCUGCUCGUGACGUGCUGUGUUGCCGGCCUACCAUUGAUGUCCUUCUUCGCCAUGCUCUUCGAUCUUGCGUUUGCAUGCGCCUUCAUCUUUGUCGCCGUCGCCAACAAGAACGGCUCCGGCUCUUGCACUGGCGAUGUCACUACACCAUACACCACGCCUAACAAAACCACCCGCACCAUUAGCAGUCUGCCAAGCGACCACAAUGCGUGCAAGAUGGAAACCGCCUGUCUUGCCGUGUCCAUCCUCUCCAUCUUCUUCUUCAUCUUCUCCAUUGCCGCCGAGCUCGCCCUAGCCCGUGGCCGCUACCGCAGCCGCCGCUUCCCCCGUGGCGAUCCCGACCAGUACUACGGCCCGGACGAGUCUGGCCGCAAGCCGGGCUUCUUUGCUCGCCUCUUUGGCGCCCGUCAUAGCCCCAUGGCAGUCAACCCGGCCAACAUGCUCCCCGAGCACACGCACCCGGACCAGCUGCAAGUCAAUGAGCCCAACAACCGUGCAAGCCACAACACAGAUACAACGGCUGUGGGCAUGGAGUCGCCGUACAACAAGAUUGAGACGGGCUACGGCAGCGCUUACCACAGCCCCGACGCCCUCAACAUGAACACUUCGAGCCCUAUAGCGUCGAGCCCGUACCACGGCGACGUUGUCAUGGCUUCCUCGCCGUAUCAUAGCAGUUCUCCCGUCAGAGCAUAUGACAACAACUCCCCAAUCAGACCCUCUGACAGCGACUUGGGCACCACUACAAGCCCGUACCAUGGCACCUCGCCAGUCCGGCCGUAUGAUAGUGACCUGGGCACCUCUCAACGACCAUACAACAACGCCGAAGAUGCACACAUGAGACCGUAUCACAGCGAUCUAGGCGUCUCGACGUCCAGCCCUACCUACCACAUCAACCGCCCACCUUCGCCGGUCAUCUCACCGCUCUCCCAGAUACGCCACUCUCCCGUUGGCGAGACUUACCCCCAAAAUACACCUACUCCUCUGCCCUACCCACGUUCACCGACAUCCGCCUACCAGCAACCCUAUAUGCCCAUAGCACACACACCAGUGCCUAACACAUCGGCUACGCCGCCUCGAAACUACCACUACACAGACGGCAUCUACGACCGCCAGUAAAUGUCCAUCAUGUUGGAUAAUCUCUCUUGAUUUUGAUUGUUUUUUUGGUUGCGCAUUUAGAUUGGAGUUGAAUAUUUUGCCACAUAAACGAUAGAUACCCCGCGGUGAAGCCAGACAUCGCUUUGGGACCAAACCUGCACAUAGUACAUAAUGAACGCAUAAUGAUGAAAAUAAAACACGUCUUUUCUGUCUGUGAUAAUAAAAAAAAAAAGAAACAUACUCCUUCCAUGCCUAUAUGUACUCUCUCUCUACCACCCAUCCAUACCAUCUGCCUCACUCAUCUCAUCGCCCGCAAGAUCUGCCCAGUCCAUAUCCAUCUUCUCCAGCUCCCUCGUGAAGAAAUCAUGCUCGACCUUGAGCGCAGCACGCACCUCCUCGCCAGCAACCUUAUCCGGGUACCGUCUCGCAUUGAGCCAGUGCGUCAGUCCACGCAGCGCCUGCUCAAGCGGCAGCGCCGAGUCCACCUCGGCAUCAAUGUCACUACCCGCGAGCCACUCGUCGCGAAGUUCUGGGCGGCAGUGCAGGUACACGGCGGUGAUGACGCGCAUGUUGGACUGGCGCCACUUGCGGCCGCAGUAUGGUACCUGGUUCUUGAACAGCUUCAGGGUGUAGAGACGCAGUUCGGGCUGUGGAACACGUAGGGAUUUGCGCAGAAUCGUGGACGACUUGUACUGCACUAGAAGCAGGUUGCGGUGCGCCUUGUUUUUGCACACUUUUUGCAUUACGCGCAGGUAGUUGAUCAGGGAGAAAAAGUUGCGCCAUGAAAAGUCGGUGAUGGGGUCAAUGGGCUGCGAUGUCAGCGGGUAGCCUAGCUCGUCAACCUCAGGUCGCGCUGGUGCUUCGCUGGCUGUGUCUGUGUCGGCCUCAGCAUCGGUAUCAGGCAUGUCCUCAUCGGCUGGUGGCGGAGAGCGGCGGCGCUUGAUGGGAGGAGGGGCGGCAUCAUCCUCGCUCUCUUCAGCAGCCUCUGCAUCAGCUGCCGAAUUAUCCUCGUUUUGCUGCUUCUCCAAGUCUUCAUCCGCAUCGUCGUCAUCGUCUUCAUUCUCGUUGUCACUGUCGGUCCGAUCCUUAAACUUGGACCGCAGAUUGCAAAACUGAAAGAAGCUGUUUUCGACGCGAUCCAUCUUGCUGUCCACAACCUGCUGGAUAUCCUGGUGGGCAAACAGUUUCAGCACGAGCGGGAUGUAAUUAGAAUCCAGCAGGAGCUGAGUCAUGUACUCAAACUUCA